AUGAAUAGUGGAAAGAAAGUUAAAGACCCAAAAUACUCGAACCUACCCAGAAAACGUAGAAACCCACCACCUCCAAACAAUCGCGAUGUUAUGCCACCACCUCCUCCUCCACAAAAUAACACAUUCGAAAAUAUGUAUCGGCCACAAACCGUUGAUGAUUUCAUUAGUGGAAUGGACCCACUGUUUUUCACAACCACCCUGGCAAAUGUCCAACCAAUAAAUAUCGGGUUUUCUUCUUUCGCAAAUGAAAGUCAACCCGCGUUUUCGCAAUUCGCGGGUGGUUCAUUAUCCCAAUAUCAUCAACAGGUUCAAGAAGAUGAAGGAGAAGAAGAAGAAGAGGUCGAGGAGGAAGAAGAGGAAGCAAUACCCGAGACCCAAGUCUCGGUUAAAGCGGCCAAAGGUAAAAGAGAGUGUCGUGGAUGGGGGAAGGAUGAAGAAAAGUGUUUGGCAAAAGCUUGGUUAAACGUUUCCGAGGAUCCAUACACCGGAAACGCCCAAACGGCCAAUUCGUUUUGGGGAAAGGUGAAGUUUCAGUUGGAUUCACACUUGAAACGUGAUUCGGGACGUAGCCCGGAAAUGUGUAGGUCGAAAUGGAAGGAUUUGAAGCUUAAGGUGACGGGUUUUUGUGGUAUCUACAAUGUGAAGAAAAGUAAGAUGUUGAGUAGUCAAAGUGACGAGGAUGUGUUAAAGGCGUCCAUGGCAUUGUAUAUGCGGAAAUACAAUAACAAGUCCGGGUUUCCGCAUAUGGAGGCGUGGCAAGUUUUGAGGGAUGCGCCGAAGUGGUCGGAGGUUCUUACUGUGGAGGGGAUUUGUAAGGAGUCGGGUAGCAAAAGGGAAAGAACGGAAGGGUCGGUCCAUGUACGUUCAUCGGGGGAGGCAUCGGUCCAUAUUGACUUGAAUGCGGACCAGUUGGAGCAAGAAAAGGAAGGUGGGAACGACAUAGAUGAUGCACCAGUACAUCAUGCUAGAACCGUGCCACCCCGUCGUAAGGCUAAGGGUAAGCAGCCGUCUACAUCCGCCUCCACCACAUCUGAAGAAUUCUUAAAGAUGGUCGCUGAGUUGAAAUGCGACAAUGAAGAUAAAAAGCGAAUAUGGCGAUGA